AUGAACAUCAAGCUCCCUGAUAACAUUGAGAACAAAAUUGGCACCUUCAUUCCCCACGCCGUUUCAAAUAUUCCCUCCACACGCUCUGGCGUCCCUCACCCAUACUCCCGUCCUCCCAGCCAAUCCAGUCAACGUUCCAUGGCAACCCGCUCCCAACCACCCUCUUGCGGCCCAUCACCCCCUCCGCAACACCUGCCCAGAAUGGAACCAGAGCCAACCCUUGCCUCUCUCCUUGAGGCUAUCAGAACCCUCACAAGCCAAGUUGGGUCCUUACAGGCCCAAGUCCACUCUCAAGGCCAACAGCUCUCUGAGCUCAAAGCCAUAUGUAAGGAGACUGCCAACCUCCUUGGCAACAAGGACCAAGGAGGACAAGCCCAGCCUGGCCCAUUGACUGGGCCUAUUACCCCUCCUACUCAAACAGGAGGAGAAGCUCCCACUCCAGGAACGGUUAGGCCUGGUCUUAAGGCCCCCUUCCGCCCAUCAAGGGGCACUGGCUUUGACUCAGAGGAAGAGGAAGAACCCCAGCAAGCUCCCAAAACAGAGCCUUGCAACACGCCUAGGAGUCUCAGCUCCCUUACCCCAUUUGACUCAGGGUCUUCCGUAAAAAGACCAAAAAUGGAGCUGCCCAACCCCUAUAAGGGUGACACAAGGGGACAAAAGGCCACAUGUCCUAGAUGUCCUUAA